AUGACUUUCAUCCAAGGCCAGUGUGACGAUGACUGCUACUCUCCCUGCAAUUAUGGGAGCCUCUAUGGCUACCGGGGCUUCGACUGUGGGAGCCCCUGUGGCUACCGUGGCUUUGGGGGCCUCUAUGGCUACCGUGGCCUCUUUGGCUUUGGUGACCGAUAUGGCUAUGGUGGUCUGUAUGGUUACAGGGGCAUUGGGGACUGCUACGGCUAUGGGGGUCUGUAUGGAGGCUCUAGGGGCUUCUACGGCUCUGGGGACUGCUAUGGCUACCCAGGCUUUUACUCCGGCCGCUUUGGCUACCCCUUUGGUUCACGAUUUGGCCAAAGAUUCGGCUACGGAAACUGCUACUCCAACUAA